AUGCAGCACAAGCUGCAACUUAAGCCAUCCGAUUACUUAACGGACGAGGAGGAUGAGUUCAAGGAAGACGAAGAUGAUGAAGAUAGUACUUUUGAUCCUCAUCGUUUCGUUACCGAGGCUGCAGCUUGUUUGGUUACCAAACACCCCACGGCCUCUCAUGCCGCCCGCUCCAUUUUGCUGUGUGAAAGCAUUGCAAAGAGGCUUUUCACACCCAAAUCAGAUCAAUCGUAUGAAUUGGAAGAGUGGGAGAAGUUUAGGAAAUUGGUUUUGGCGCCCUUGCGCAAUUAUUGGUAUCGUCAAGGAAUGUUUGACCAUCGCUGGAGCUGGGUGUUUGAGAAGCAGAAGUUGUGGCAUCUUCAAACCGCAGUUAACAGUGACAGGCAGAGGAGCUAUGAGGUUGAGAAGUAUUUGGAGGAGGUGCAAGUAGCAGCAGCAAGAGGAGGAGGCGGCAUUGGCAUAAUAAAGCUGAAUGCUUUGGUUCCAAGAGAGAUCAUUAAACUAUGCUUGCUAUGCGGAUUUCAGGGAAGCGGUUGA